CGCGACCGUUCAAAUCGAUGAAAUCCCAACUGAUUCAUCUCUCGAGCUAUCUAUGCCCUCGAACCCGGUUCCGGCAACAAGCUCUCCUAUUGCAAGUCGUGUAGGUAACAGGUCAUCACGAAAUCCCUUUCCCAUAUACAACUUUAUUUCAUAUGAUCGUCUCUCACCUUCAUAUAAUGCUUUUAUCACAUGUUUAUCUUCUGUUUCUGCCCCUAAAUCUGUUAAAGAAGCCCUUUCCCACCCUGGUUGGCGUCAGGCUAUGGUUGAUGAAAUGGCUGCUCUUCAUUCAUCGGGAACUUGGGAGUUAGUUCCAUUACCCGAAGGUAAAACAACUGUUGGUUGCCGAUGGAUCUAUACUGUGAAAGUUGGGCCCAAUGGACAGGUUGAUAGACUUAAAGCUCGACUGGUAGCUAAAGGAUAUACACAGGAGAUGAUGUUGAAGGAAUACAAUUGUUGAAACAACAUCUAUUCCAACAUUUUGAAACAAAAGAUCUGGGGAAGUUAAAAUACUUUUUGGGAAUUGAAGUAGCACAAUCCAAGCAAGGAAUUUGCAUAUCACAAAGAAAGUAUGCAUUGGAUAUACUAGAAGACACAGGUAUGAUGAAUUGCAAACCUCUUGACACUCCUAUGGAUCCAAAUACCAAACUCCUACCAGACCAGGGGGAGCUUAUCCAAGAUCCGGGAAAAUAUAGACGAUUGGUUGGAAGAUUACUUUAUUUAACUGUAACUCGACCUGAUAUCUCUUUUGCGGUAAGUGUUGUUAGUCAGUUCUUGGCAUCUCCACGUGAAAGUCAUUGGGAAGCUGCCAUUCGGAUUUUACGAUAUAUUAAAAAAUCUCCAGGCACUGGUUUGUUAUGCAAAGACCAUGGAAACCUUGAAAUUAUUGGGUACACAGAUGCAGAUUGGGCAGGUGCAUGGGAUAGAAAAUCAACAUCUGGAUAUUGUAUCUUUCUUGGUGGCAACUUAAUCUCUUGGAAAAGUAAAAAGCAAAAUGUUGUUGCUCGAUCAAGUGUAGAAGCCGAAUAUUGAUCUAUGGCCGUUGGAACAUGUGAACUUGUGUGGUUGAAAAACCUCCUUACCGAACUGCAGAUUUGUACAAAGGAGUCCAUGAAGCUCAUUUGUGAUAACCAAGCAGCUUUGCAUAUUGCAUCAAAUCCAGUUUUUCAUGAAAGGACGAAACACAUUGAAAUUGAUUGCCAUUUUGUUCGAGACAAAGUUACUUCUGGAGAUAUUACUACAUCUUUUAUAGGCUCAAAUAAUCAAUUAGCUGAUAUAUUUACUAAAGCUUUAAGAAGUCAUAGGAUUGAAUACAUUUGUAACAAGCUUGGUGCAUAUGAUAUACAUGCUCCAGCUUGAGGGGGAGUGUUGAAACACAAAAGUUGUGUCUGUAGAAAUAUAGCUGUUGAAGUUGUGUAGGGUUGUG